AUGCACUUCAAUUUACCGCGGUCGGAAGUGAGUGAAGAGCGAAUGGAACUACCGGAUUCAAUAAUGGCGAGUGGUGAACAAAAAUUACAGAAUCCUGUAUUUCCAAAAAAAAUAUGGAUGAAAAGACAUAUAAUGGAUCAGACGGAUGAAAAGCUGAGUGGUUAUUCGGAAUGCAACAAAACUAUCUCUCAAUCAUCCGAUUUGCAAAAGAAUUUGAUAAAUCGUGCCGGUAAAAAGCCGUACAAUUGUUCUGAAUGUGGAAAACGUUUCUCUCAUUCAUCGGCUUUUAAAGCACAUAUGAGGAUUCAUACCGGUGAAAAGCCGCACAAUUGUUCAGAAUGUGGAAAACGUUUCUCUCAUUCAUUUGCUUUUAAAACACAUAUGAGGAUUCAUACUGGUGAAAAGCCAUACAAUUGUUCAGAAUGUGGAAAACGUUUCGCUCAUUUAUCGAGUUUUAGAGAACAUAUGAGGAUCCACACCGGUGAAAAGCCGUAUAAUUGUUCGGAAUGUGGAAAACAUUUCUGUGAUCGAUCGACUUUUAAAAGACAUAUGAGGAUUCAUAACGGUAAAAAGCCGUACAAUUGUUCAGAUUGUGGAAAACGUUUUGCUCAUUCAUCGACUUUUAAAAGACAUAUGAGGGUUCAUACCGGUGAAAAGCCGUACAAUUGUUUAGAAUGUGGAAAAUGUUUCACUGAUUUAUCGGGUUUAAAAACACAUAUAAGGAUUCAUACUGGUGAAAAGCCGUACAAUUGUUCAGAAUGUAGAAAGCGUUUCUCCUAUUUACGGUCAUUUAAAAGACAUAUGCGGAUUCAUACCGAUGAAAAGCCGCAUACCUGUUCCGUAUGCGAGAAAAGAUUUUCUCGACAAAGUGUUUUGAAUAAACACAUGAAAAUUCAUCGCAAUUGGAUUGUAUGCAACCAAAGCAAUUCAUUAUGA